AUGGACCCAGCUGUAAAUGCGCAUUUGGAUGAUCAGAUAAUUUAUCAGGCGACAAAGGACAUAUUUGUCGGCCAGAGAGCUAAAUACAGAAAGCUUGGGCCCGUAAAGAAGACUAUCGAGAGUCAUCUCCGAAAGGGCAGUUUAGUCCGGCAGCUUGUGACUCAACAUGGCGCCGACGCCAUACAUCAGCCAGUUCUGAAGCUCCUUUCGGGUAGGGUGUACGAAUCAAUCUCCAUUGCCAGUCAACGUUUCCCCGACCUCUUCGAACCCUCUACGGCCCAGGCCGCAGCUAGGAAUUUUCUAGAAGCAGAAGCUGCCAAGAGCGAACAUGCUGCGCUCGAGGGCAUCAUACAAACCCAGUGGGCUGAUAGCCAAGGGGCCCUGGAGUGGGCAGAAGUCACAGCGGCAUUACAGGAUGCUAGUAACAGUAGUACGGAAAGCGAAACUGGUAGCCUAUCGUUGUUUCCGGUAUAUCUGCCGUUCCCUAUCGAGCACAUGCUUAUGGAGAAACUGCAAAAGACAUUGGAACUUGCCUGCUAUGACUUUGGAACACGAGCGCUUCCGGAUGUAAUGCGAAAACGCGGUUGGGAAUGUCCUGAAUCGGUCGAACUCAGUAAAUGGGCCGAACUAUUCGGGCGUGAGGGGAGCAUGAGAGGAAAUAUCGACGGAGACCUCCCGAACGCACUACUGCGGCUAGAACGGUUUCUCACUGAUGCCGAAGAGCUUGCCCGGGUUCUAGGAGAUACAGUACAUGCAAAAGCUAUCUCGCAGCUACGUUCAGAUACUCAGUCGGCACUUAUGGAGCUUACACAAAAUAAACAGUUUAUACAACUGCAACUUGAACGUGCUCAGGAAGAAAUAGCCAAGAAGCGCGCUAAACUCGACCAGGAGGAGCAGGAAGUUCUACGAUGUAUCGCAAAAGAGGACAAAAAGUACCGAAUGUUGGCGGGUGAUAGGCUACAAAAUGCUCUUGAGCUUAUGGGAGGCCCGAAAAUAGCAACGGACAAGGAGGGCGCGGUCUUGGAUGGCAGUAAUGGUAUGGAGGAGAACAUUUUUUAUGCUGAUGACAGCGACGUCGAUUAUGCAGACCAGUUCGAAGAUUGCGACGAAACAUGGAUUCCUUAA